AUAUUAUAUUCAUUGUAUGGUCUCAAACCAUUAUGGCUACGCCUCCGAAGAUAAGAAUCGGAAUCGGCGCAGUUCCCGCCAUGACCACCGCUGCAACAACCGCCACUCUCUCUCUUCCUUCUCACUCUCUUAUCUUCCUUAGAAACGGCACCGUUCGCAAUCCCCGACGCUCUAUUUUUGUCAACUCGCCAUUUCCAACUCGAUCAACUUCGCUCCGAUUCAAAGCUUCCGCCGCCGCUGACUCGCCACCCACUCCAGGCAAAGGUGUUGAGAAUGUAGUAAUUAUAGGUUCAGGUCCUGCUGGAUAUACUGCAGCCAUAUAUGCUGCUCGUGCCAAUUUAAAGCCUUUAGUGUUCGAGGGGUAUCAAAUGGGUGGUGUGCCUGGUGGACAGCUCAUGACUACCACUGAAGUGGAGAAUUUCCCUGGGUUUCCAGAUGGAAUAACUGGUCCAGAUUUGAUGGAUAGAAUGCGACGACAAGCUGAACGCUGGGGAGCUGAACUCUUCCAAGAAGAUGUGGAAUUUGUUGACGUUAAAAACAGUCCUUUCACUGUGAAAAGUAGUGAACGUAAGGUUAAGUGCCACAGCCUUAUUUUUGCCACGGGAGCCACUGCAAAAAGGCUCAAGUUACCCCGUGAAGAUGAAUUUUGGAGUAGGGGAAUUAGUGCCUGUGCAAUUUGUGAUGGAGCAUCGCCACUGUUUAAGGGACAGGUUCUUGCCGUUGUUGGAGGUGGUGAUACAGCUACAGAAGAAGCAUUGUACUUAACUAAAUAUGCCCGUCAUGUUCAUUUACUUGUUCGCAAGGACCAACUUAGGGCAUCUAGGGCAAUGCAAGAUAGAGUGUUCAACAAUCCAAAUGUCACCGUGCACUUCAAUACAGAGACUGUGGAUGUUGUUAGCAAUAUUAAAGGGCAGAUGUCUGGCAUUUUGAUCAGAAAAGUUGACUCUGGGGAAGAAUCUGUUCUUGAGGCAAAAGGCUUGUUCUAUGGCAUUGGUCAUUCACCUAAUAGCCAGUUAUUGGAAGGCCAAGUUGAACUUGACAAUGCAGGGUAUGUAUUAGUUAAGGAUGGUUCUGCAGAAACUUCUGUUGAAGGUGUGUUUGCAGCUGGGGAUGUGCAGGACCAUGAAUGGAGGCAAGCCGUAACUGCUGCUGGAUCUGGAUGUGUUGCUGCUUUAUCAGUUGAGAGAUACCUUGCCAGCAAUAAUCUACUUGUAGAGUUCCAUCAGCCUCCAACUGAAGAGGUCAAGAAGGACCUCACUGACAGAGACGUCAAAGAGGGCUUUGACAUUACACUUACAAAGCACAGGGGCCAGUAUGCUCUACGAAAAUUGUACCAUGAAAGUCCAAGGCUCAUAUGUGUGCUAUACACGUCACCGACAUGUGGACCUUGCAGGACUUUGAAGCCAAUUCUUAGCAAGGUGAUUGAUGAAUUUGAUCAAAAUGUACAUUUUGUUGAAAUUGAUAUCGAGGAAGAUCAAGAAAUAGCAGAAGCGGCUGGAAUUAUGGGAACACCAUGCGUGCAGUUCUUCAAGAACAAGGAGAUGCUCUGGACCGUAUCAGGAGUCAAAAUGAAGAAAGAGUACAGAGAAUUUAUUGAAGCAAAUAAAUGAGGGUAAUUCAAAAUGCCAUCAAUUUCGUGAUUCAAUUUUGUUCCUUUUGCUUUUUUACUUAAAUAAUGCAUUAUAAUUUUUACAAUGAUACCUUGUGUUGUAUCACUACAUUGUACAUUAUAUACAUUACAUUGAGAGCUCCCAAAGCAAAUUAGGGAUUUCAAUCUCCAGUCUUUGUAUUUCCUCCAACUGUACAUUAAUGGCGGAGCCUCGCCUAUGUAAUUUUUUGCCACUUAUCGUCUCAAGACAUGGACUGAUACAUUUUGAAUCCGACUUUUGAAA